AUGAAGCUACUUUCAAUCCUCUCGCUAUGCGCAGCUGCGGCGGCAUUACCUGCAACAUUUAGUCUAUCACCACGAGCCUCGAUCUCAAAAGCCGACGGCCUCAAGUUCAACAUCGAUGGUGUGACGAAGUACUAUGCUGGUACCAACUCUUAUUGGAUCCCUUUCUUGACGAACGACAAUGAUGUCGACGUAAUCAUGGGUCAUCUUGCUACGUCAGGCCAGAAAAUACUCAGAGUAUGGGGUUUCAACGACGUCAAAACCAUCCCUGGUUCUGGCACAGUAUACUUCCAGUCCUUCUCCGGAUCCUCUGCCACCAUAAAUACAGGUACAAACGGUCUCCAGCGCCUGGAUGCUGUAGUCAAAGCUGCAGAAAAGCACGGCAUCAAGCUCAUAAUCAACUUCGUGAAUAACUGGACCGAUUAUGGGGGUAUGGCCGCCUACUUCUCCGCCUGCGGCGUAAGCAGCAACGCACAAUGGUACACAGCGGCCAGAUGUCAGGGCAUGUACCAGAGUUACAUCAAAGCCGUCAUUGCCCGCUAUCGCAACUCCAAUGCUGUGUUUGCGUGGGAACUCGCCAACGAGCCGCGCUGUAAUGGCUGCCAGACGUCUGUCCUGACUGAAUGGAUCCGCAAGACGAGUAACUACAUCCGUUCUCUUGACUCAGACCACAUGAUCACCGUCGGCGAUGAAGGCUUCGGUCUCCCGGGCGAUGGUUCCUAUCCUUACCAGUUUGGUGAAGGCAUAGAUUGGGAGGCAAACUUGAAGGUGGGAAACAUCAGUUUCGGCACCUUCCACCUCUACCCUGACAGCUGGGGCGUGAGCAAUGCAUUUGGCGACGGCUGGAUCAAGGCACAUGCGCAGAUUUGUAAGAAGCUCAACAAGCCGUGUUUGUUCGAAGAAUAUGGUGUGCCGAAGAAGGAAGAUCAUUGUCCGGUGGAGGGUGGCUGGCAAAAGACUAGUCUGUCGUUAAAGGAUAGUGGUAUGGCGGCGGAUUUGUUUUGGCAGCUGGGUGACACCGUGAAGAGUACUGGACAGCUGACGCAUGACGAUGGACACACGGUCUACUAUGGGAGUGCGGAUUGGAAGUGUCUGGUGGAUGACCAUGUCAAGGCUAUUGGGUAG